AUGAUAUUAUUAAGGACAUUAUCAAGUGUACAUACUACCCGUUUAUCACUACGCAUAUCAGUUUGCAGAAUGUCUUCAAUAAAGUUUCGUUGGGGUUUGAGUGCUUCAGAGCCUGAACAGACCCCUGUCUUGUUUGUGGGGCAGCCAGCUCAUCUUUCAGCAUUGUCCUGGCAGGAUGUGAGGUGCAAGCUCGAGCCAAGAGUAACUGAAGAGGUGUGGCGUCGUGGUCUCGCCGUAACUUCGCCUGGUGAUGUCUCAGAGUUAUGGCCACGUGGUGCUGCUCUUGGUGUGCUUCCUCCAAGACGUUCUAGGCACACUGCUCCCUCAAGAAACCAUUCUUUAUCAAAAAUUGUCAAGUCAGCACUGCGUUCUGCUGCCGAAGAGUAUAUUGUUCUGGUAUGUCGCAAACGAGAUGUAUUAGCCAGUGCAGUGGCCAUAUCCAGGUCAGUCCCUCUCUACUCGGCUCGGUCUGGGUCUACUCCACUGAACUCUAAUCAGCCUGCCCCACCAGCUAACACAAAUCUCACUGUUGAAAUAUUCAUUGUCAAUCAUGAAGGUGACUCCGAAGACGAAGGUACCAAUGCGCACGCCCUAACAGAUGGGACCCUGUCCAAUGAAGAGCUUGGCACUAUACAGGAUGUAGCUGAUUCCGUUCGCCUUGCUGCAAGAAUUACAGACACACCCGCUAACAUUAUGGAUGUGGAUGCUUUUGUCGAGGAAGCCUGUAAAGUAGCCAAGAAGCUAGAUAUAGCUGAACCAACAGUGAUACGUGGCGAGGCACUGGCUGAACGUGGAAUGGGUGGCAUCUAUGGAGUCGGCAAGGCUUCCACUAAGCCUCCAGCACUGGUUUCCUUGUCUUACAUGGCCCCUGGAGCCACAGAGACUGUGGCCUGGGUUGGCAAGGGCAUUGUUUAUGACACUGGUGGCCUUAGCAUCAAAGCCAGGGCUUCGAUGGUGGGCAUGAAGGGUGAUUGUGGUGGGGCAGCAGCAGUCUUAGGUGCCUUUGUAGCCGUAGUUAGAGCUAAACCCACUGUCAAUUUACAUGCUGUCUUGUGUAUCGCUGAAAACUCAGUUGGGCCCAAUGCUACUAGGCCAGAUGACAUUCACCAGUUGUACUCGGGUCGCACUGUAGAAAUCAACAACACAGAUGCAGAAGGUCGUCUGGUGCUAAGUGAUGGUGUGGUCUACGCUCGCCGGGAUUUGAAAGCCGACACCAUUGUUGAUGUGGCUACACUCACCGGGGCACAGGGCACAGCUACCGGUAAAUACCACGCAGCGAUUAUAUCGAACGCAGGCACAUUGGAGCGGGCCUGUGUAUCCGCUGGACUGAGGUCUGGCGACCUCACUCACGCCCUUCCAUAUGCGCCAGAGCUUCACUUUACAGAGUUCUGCAGCCACGUGGCUGACAUGAAAAAUAGUGUUGCUGAUCGAAACAACGCGCAGCCAUCUUGUGCUGGUCUCUUCAUUUUGGCACAUUUAGGCUUCGAUUUCCCCGGACAAUGGCUGCACGUGGAUAUGGCUGCGCCUGCGCACAUUGGUGAACGAGCGACGGGUUAUGGAGUGUGCCUAUUGUCCGUGCUAUUCGGGAAAUAUACAAAUAGCCGUCUUCUUAAGGCUCUUAGUCCAUUACGCUAA